CCUCCCCGCUCUCUCCAUCACUCCCUCGCUCGCUCGCCCGUCCCUCCCCCUCAGGCCCUACCGCCCCACCAGCGCUGCGGUUCUCUUUCUAAGCUUCCCUUCAGCAUUACUCCCUCAUAAAGGAAGAACAGAAGAAAGACUGAACAGAGCAGCAGCAGACAAAGAAGCUGAAGAGAGAAGAGAAGGGGAGGCCCCGUAAUCUCGGCGCCCCUCCUGCUGCUGCUGCUGCCACCGCCGCCCGGGCAGCGCCGGCCAUCACGCUCCUAUAGGUAGCAGCGGAGCAGGGCCUCGCUUCGAUAGCACAGUAAAUUCCUUACCACGUCAUACAAUUCCAGCCAUCACACUCCACCGGCACCCUGCAUUUACUGCCCCCAUCAUCGCCCAGCUUCCUUCGCGCGCGAUCUCCAGGUCUUCUUUUGUGUAGCGAGAAAGCGAGACGGGGAAGGGAGGCGUGGUCAGUAUGGUGCCGCGCGAGCAGGCGGAGGAGGCCAUCGUGGCCGACGGCAACGGCAAGGAGGAGGAGGUCGGGGUGAUGGGCGUCAGCGCCGGGGACGGCGCUGACGAGCAUGGCGGCGGCGGCGGCAAGUUCAACAUGAAGAACCUGCUCUGGCACGGCGGCUCCGUCUGGGACGCCUGGUUCAGCUGCGCCUCCAACCAGGUCGCACAGGUGCUCCUGACGCUGCCGUACUCCUUCUCGCAGCUCGGGAUGCUCUCGGGCGUGCUGCUGCAGCUGUUCUACGGUUUCAUGGGCAGCUGGACAGCCUACCUCAUCAGCGUCCUCUACGUCGAGUACCGCUCCCGCAAGGAGAAGGAGGGCGUCAGCUUCAAGAACCACGUCAUCCAGUGGUUUGAGGUGCUGGAUGGGCUACUGGGCCCGUACUGGAAGGCGGCCGGCCUCGCCUUCAACUGCACGUUCCUCCUCUUCGGCUCCGUCAUCCAGCUGAUCGCCUGCGCAAGUAACAUCUACUACAUCAACGACCGGCUGGACAAGCGGACGUGGACGUACAUCUUCGGCGCGUGCUGCGCCACCACGGUGUUCAUCCCGUCGUUCCACAACUACCGGAUCUGGUCCUUCCUGGGGCUCGGCAUGACCACCUACACCGCUUGGUACCUCGCCAUCGCCGCGCUCCUCAACGGCCAGGUCGAAGGAGUCACGCACACCGGCCCAACCAAGCUGGUGCUAUACUUCACCGGAGCCACCAACAUCCUCUACACGUUCGGCGGCCACGCCGUCACAGUGGAGAUCAUGCACGCGAUGUGGAAGCCGGCCAAGUUCAAGUACAUCUACCUGCUCGCGACGCUGUACGUGUUCACGCUGACGCUGCCCUCGGCGUCGGCCAUGUACUGGGCGUUCGGCGACGAGCUGCUGACCCACUCCAACGCCUUCGCGCUGCUGCCCAAGACCGCGUGGCGCGAUGCGGCGGUGAUCCUGAUGCUGAUCCACCAGUUCAUCACGUUCGGGUUCGCGUGCACGCCGCUCUACUUCGUGUGGGAGAAGGUGAUCGGCAUGCACGACACCAAGAGCAUCUGCCUCAGGGCGCUCGCGCGGCUCCCCAUCGUCGUCCCCAUCUGGUUCCUGGCCAUCAUCUUCCCCUUCUUCGGUCCCAUCAACUCCGCCGUCGGCGCGCUCCUCGUCAGCUUCACCGUCUACAUCAUCCCGGCCCUCGCCCACGUCCUCACCUACCGUACGGCCUCCGCUCGCAUGAACGCGGCGGAGAAGCCACCGUUCUUCCUGCCGAGCUGGACGGGGAUGUUCGUGCUCAACAUGUUCAUCGUGGUGUGGGUGCUGGUGGUGGGCUUCGGGCUCGGCGGCUGGGCAAGCAUGGUUAACUUCAUCAGGCAGAUCGACACGUUCGGGCUCUUCGCCAAGUGCUACCAGUGCCCCAAGCCGGCGGUCGCGCAGUCGCCGGUGCCAUUGCCGCACCAUUAGCACCGUUCGCCCCCCCGCUAUCGCGGACCGUGACAGCGCGCCUCCCGCCGAGCCCGGAGCAAGGAGCCUCGCUCCCCCUGGCCGGCACGCACCGGCCGCAAACCAGUGUUGCUAGGUUUUGGUCGCCUUGUAAUAUACAAGCCUCUCCUGUCCUAGGGUGUCACACCAAAUGGUAGAACAGGGCAUGGGUCCCUACGAUCUCGCGCCCGGGCCGUCCGUUGCCGCGUUGCUUUCCCCGAUCCUCAAUGGUGUCCUUGUGUUUGUUUGGCUUGCCCCCAUUGGCGAUAUAUAUGUGAUGGUCGUCAUGGCUUAUAAAGAUUUUUCAGCUCAUGUCACAUUUUCAUAUGAUAUGAUGUAGCAUAUCACUAUAGGGUAAUUUGUUUUCUCCUUGGAUGGAGCUUGGUCCAUGUUGUCUAGCGUGAGCGAUUGUAAUAGACGAUUCCUCGUGCUAGCUAAAGGCAAAACACAGAGGCCUUUGUUUAUUGCGUUCCGCUUUGGAUGUUCUUGCUGUAAAUGUUGCGACUGCUCCCCGUCCUCUUUUUUUUCCCUCUACCGUGUGUGUUGCCUUUUUGCCAAGCGAUUAAAGCUUUUUGAGAAA